GAAAGGAUGGAGAAAGUUGAGAAAAUCCAAGUCAUGGCAAGAUCCAGCCCCUCCGAUAAACUCCUCACGGUGCAAUGCUUGAAACAGAAAGGGCAAGUCAUUGCAGUCACUGGAGAUGGCAUAAAUGAUGCCCCAGCCCUCAAAGAAGCAGAUAUCGGUCUAUCCAUGGGAAUUCAAGGAACUGAAGUUGCGAAAGAGAGUUCAGAUAUCAUCAUCUUAGACGAUAAUUUCGCUUCAGUCGCCAUAGUCUUGUGGUGGGGAAAAUGUAUUUAUACCAACAUCCAAAAUUUCAUUCAGUUCCUGCUCACUGUAAAUGUUGCUGCACUUUGUAUCAACUUCAUAGCAGCAAUGUCAGCAGGUGAAAUCCCUCUAACUACGGUCCAGCUAUUGUGGGGGAACCUAUAUAUGAAUACAUUCGCUGCUUUGUCUCUCGUCCCUGAGAGGCCUACAAAGGAGUUGAUGGCAAAACCACCCAUCAGUUGAACCGAGCCGCUCAUCUCAAACAUCGUGUGGAGGACAAUACUAGCUCAAGCUCUAUACCAAAUAGCACCUUACAAUUCAAUGGUGAAUCAAUCUUUGGGGUGACACAUUGAUCUUCAACACUUUCAUACUUUGCCAGGUCUUAAACGAAUAGAAGCUAUUUGUAUGAAUCAUUGGGGGUAACCAUUGUUCUUCAAGUGGUGAUGGUGGAAUUUCUUAAACGAUUUACAGAUACAGAG